GUUCACUUGCGUACGCCGUGGAAUCAACACGCACCCGGAAUCCAGCGCACUAUCAUUAUAUCCGACACUAUCCGAUCUGAUCCAAUCCGAUCAAAUUAAAGCCAACGAAAGCGAAAUCUCAAUUGAGUGCCAUGGAGUUCAACAAUCGCCUGUUGCUGAAAAUCAUUGAGCUGGCCAUCGCCAUUGCCUGCAUUGUUUUGUACGAGACGGUUGGCAAUAUGUCCUCCCAUCCGGUGAUUGUGGCCGGAACCAUUGGAGGUUAUACGGUUAUCUGUGGCGUUUUGCUGAUCGGUCACGUGAUCAACUCCCUGGUGGAGAAGCGACUGAAUGCCCUGUUCUCGCUGGCCGGCUGUCUGCUGUUCGUGGCCUCCGGAGCUUUGGUGAUCGACGAGUGGCACGGCGGCAUCCUGAAUACCGACAGGAAGCGCCAGGCCAUCGGUGCCGGCUCCCUGAUGAUCAUCAAUGCGGCCGUCUUCCUUCUGGACACCCUCUGCAUCUGCCGGACGUAAAGAUCGUUCCUGAAUGAUAUGAUAUAUGUAUCUACAUUAUUUUUUUUUGACAAAUCGAAUAACUCGUGUUGAGAAACAAACAAGAAUCUAUUGUAUAUGUAAAUGUUUUUUUUUUUUUGUAUUCUCGUUGUCUUACGUGUCUUAAGCUAAUCUCAGAUAAACGCACGCAGAUUAUUUACAGGAAUCCAUUAAAUAUAUAUAUAAUAUGCACACACAUA